CCCACGCUAAUCGCGAGGUACCAUGCGGAUCUGUCUAUAAAGCACACCUGCUAUCAGGCUCCCGUACUGUCUGUCCGCCGUCCGGUGCGUUCAAAGUACUACCCGAAGUACUAUCCCCUUAACAGAUCAACAUGCAUCACUAUCUCUCGAUUGUAGGAGUCUGCUUAGGGCUGAUCACCCUCUGCCAGAGCCAAGGUUACAACCAAGAUCAAGACAGGUAUAAUUACAAUACACCGCCGCCUCCCCAGAUUUUAACGCACAAGCAGGCUUUGAAUCACGAUGGAAACUUCAAGUAUUUGUUCACGUCAGAAAACGGCCUAGCACAAGGCGAGAGCAUCGCUCCGGACGGCAGUCGAAAUGGAGGUUACAGCUACGUGGACCCGACAGGGCGCAAGAUCAGCGUUAAGUACACCGCCGGCAAAGAAGGCUUCAGGAUUCUGGAGGCCGACCAUCUGCCGAAAGCGCCUCAGCCGAUAGCGCCGGUUCCCGGGCAUCAGCCGGCGCCGAUCGCAGCGCCACCUGCGCCGCACUACGCGCACUACGGCGCCGCGGGUGGACAGCAGGAUGACGGGUCGUACAAGCCGCAUUUGUACGAGAGCAGACAACAGCAACCCACAAAACUCCACUAUACUCAAGCAAUCGCUCCAAGACAGCAAAAUGACGAAGUGGCUUACAAGCCAAGAACGUACCAAAGAGAAGCUACCAGGCCUCAGCUGAUCGCCCCCUCACCACCCAAGAUUGCAAUCCCCCCACCAAGACCAGCCUACCCGCCAAUUGGACUCGCCCAAUCGGCGAGCAACACCAUCGAGGAAAAAGACUACAACGAUGAGCCAGGAAAACCGUACAGUUUUGGAAACGGAUACGUUUUCGAAUUUGGCGGUUAGUUAGUCGCCUGUCUUUACUGUUAUAAAGUGAACCGAAUUUUAUUUAAAUAUUUUUAUGUACCUGGCCAAUAUUUGAGCCUGCAUGGGGGUCUGUGUCUGUGUUUUUGUACGAUUGUUUUCUCAAAGAAUAAAUAUUUGUUUAUAUAUUGUACUGUUUUAAUAGAGUG